GGCCUAAAACUCCAACCUCCAUACCGGGCUUGGUUUCUGAGCAAAGCUGCCAUGAGUCCUGGGAGCCGCGGGCGGCCCCGGCAGCGGCUCGAGGAUCGCGGCCUCAUGAAACCACCCUCGCUUUCCAAGCGCCGUCUUCUGCCGCGGGUGCAGCUCCUGCCCCUGCUGCUGCUGGCGCUGGCUAUGGGCUUGGCUUUCUAUAUCUUCUGGAAUAGCUGGCAUCCUGGGGUUGAGGAGAUGUCACGGAGCCGGGAUCUGCGGGUCCCGCUGAUCGGAAGCCUUUCAGAAGCCAAGCUGCGGCUGGUGGUAGGGCAGCUGGAUCCGCAGCGUCUCUGGGGAACUUUCCUGCGUCCCUUAUUGAUUGUGCGACCUCCAGGUAGUUCUGGCAAUCUUCAAGUGAGAAAGUUCCUGGAGGCUACGUUGCAGUCCCUGUCGGCAGGCUGGCACGUGGAACUGGACCCAUUCACGGCCUCAACCCCCUUGGGGCCACUGGACUUCGGGAACGUGGUAGCCACACUUGACCCAGGAGCUGCCCGUCACCUCACCCUCGCCUGCCAUUAUGACUCUAAGUUCUUCCCUCCGGGGAAGCCCCCCUUUGUGGGGGCCACAGAUUCAGCUGUGCCCUGUGCCCUGAUUCUGGAGUUGGUCCAGGCCCUUGAUGCCAUGCUGAGCAGAGUCAAGCAGCAGGCAGCACCGGUGACCCUGCAGCUGCUCUUCUUGGACGGGGAGGAGGCGCUGAAGGAGUGGGGACCAAAGGACUCCCUCUAUGGCUCCCGGCACCUAGCUCAGAUCAUGGAGUCUAUACCGCACAGCCCUGGCCCCACCAGGAUCCAGGCUAUUGAGCUCUUUGUCCUCCUUGACCUUCUGGGAGCAUCCAGUCCGAUCUUCUUCAGUCACUUCCCCCGUACAGCCCGCUGGUUCCAGCGACUGAGGAGCAUCGAGAAGCGCCUUCACCGUCUGAACCUACUACAGUCUCACCCCCAGGAAGUGAUGUACUUCCUACCCGGGGAGCCCCCCGGCCCUGUGGAAGAUGACCACAUCCCCUUCCUUCGCAGAGGGGUCCCGGUGCUCCACCUCAUUGCCACGCCCUUCCCUGCUGUGUGGCACACACCUGCUGACACCGAGGCCAACCUCCACCCGCCCACUGUGCACAACCUGAGCCGCAUCCUCGCUGUGUUCCUGGCCGAGUACCUGGGACUCUAGCCUGCAGCCUGAUACCUGGAAGGGAUCUUACACUUCGCUGUGGACUGGACAGGGGCAUCUUGAGCCAGUGCAGGGUGGCUAGGCUCACCUCAAUGUAUGCUACAACCACAUCAAGCCACCGUGUUUCAAGGAUGCAAGGAACACUGAGGGCACGAGAGAGCCAAAGGUAAUCAGGAAUCCUUUGACCUCUGUCCUGAAGUAAAUAACUGGAGGGUUCCAGGGACCAAAUGAUGUGUCAUGGACUGGCACAUGGACCAGCACCACCAACCAAAUGAAUCCUCUGUGGCUAAUGUUUUCUGUCAGUUCAUUCGCUACCGUACGGACCUAGUUCUGACUCCACAUGGGCAUGGGCUCAUAACUUAGGACAGAGGCAAAGCCUAGUUCAGUGUUCUACGGUCUGCUUGGCUCAAGGGUGCCAACCUCGAGGGUUAAGAGGGAACUGAAGGCCACAGCUCCCGUGAGCAGUGACAUUAAGAUGAACUUCCUCACUGCAAAGGUGAGAUCUUCCAGAGUAAGAGAAUGAAAUGGUUCUCAAAGUACACCACAGUGGGAACUCUUUGUAGGAAGGUAUUUCAAGUGAAGCUGCCUCCAGGAUACUUUGGGAAAUACUGGCUUUGGCAGGUUUGAGAAUGGGUAUGGACUGAAUAGACUGAGAUCCACCUGGAUGGAGUCAACCGGAAACUACCCUUUCCUUUUGUUGUGUGUGCAACUCUAGUGAGAAAGAGUUUUUCUUGAGACUUUGUUUCUCUGUGUAGCCCUGCCUGUUUGGAAACUAGAUCUAUAGACCAGCUGGCCUCAAACUUAGAGAUUGACCUUCCUCUGCCUCCAGACUGCUGGAAUUAAAGGCAUAUGCCACCAC